ACCUCUAAUCCACUGCUCUUUUACAUUUUAUAUAAUUAAUUAAUUAAAAUCUACAUUAAUUGGCCAUGUUGAGAUCUUGGAUUUCCAGAAGAUGGAUGUCAAUGUCGUAUUUUUCAACAGAAUUCAACGCGCUGGCGAGUGAGGGUCCAGCCAAAUUUCGACACCUCUUACCUGAGGGCAGUCAGCAUGCUGGAACAAAUAUAGAUUUGCCGAAUCAUCGGCAAAUGGACCUGGUGGACAGGCUGCUUAAGCUCAGAAAGCAAAAAGAAUGCAGCUAUGUUCCGCUUUUGCCGAGUCUGUUAGUGAGGCAAUUACUGGACUCCACAAAUCCCCAGGAGGUAAUCACGGUUCUGCGGAGUCCCAGCCAAUAUGGACUGUUUAUUGACCAGUUCUCCGGGUGUUUCCUUAUGGACUUAUUGUUGCACAGCGGAAACACAUUGGAAGCAGCGCAGAUUGCUGCUCUUCUUGUGGAGAGAGGCUUAUGCAAUAGCGAGCUGGUCGAGGCGUUAGCACUCCACUCAUUUUUUGGUUUCGUGAAAGACUUAAAGCCUUUGGAGUCGUCCGAGAAUAAACCUUCAGCACCUGCUCCUGAAGUGGCACUCUGAAAGAGCUGAAACAAAACAUUUGUCUUCUUGGCUUUGUAUUGUGCGGUAAAUUACCUGAUGUUGUCAGUCUUCUGGCCAAAAACCGUGAGGUUUUCUACAAAGAAAUCCUCACCGCUUCCCAGAAUGUAGCUGAAAGUCUGAAACUGGAGGUCUCGGACGAGUUUACACAAUCGUUACAGCAAGCACUCGAUAAAUGCACGCAGACCAACUCCAUCCACGAAAAACUGGAGAGUAGUAUAAAAAGUAGUUCCCAAAAGUUCGAACCGAAACUCUUAGCUGAAUAUGGUCAGUCCUAUCAAGAAUGGUCCAAACAGUUUGAGAACGCUGUAAAGAAGUAUAUCGAGGAGCAGAGUCUAGUGGAACGGAAGGAUAGCAUCGAGAAAACGCUAAACGAGCUGGAAGCGAAGCGGCAAAACCUUUGGUUCUUUGAGAACAAGGAUGACAUCGAUAUUCAGAUAUACAAGAAGAAGGUUCAAUAUCCUAAGCGCUGGUUAGGAAAGAAAAAGACGCCAAAGGCAGCAGACACGUUCUACGUGCCGCCAAGUGUCACGAGAUCCGCCAACUGACCCGAAGCCACGUCGGAGCCCAUACAUAGGUAAAAACAAGGCAAAUCCAAUUGUUUUUAAGCUUUAAUUAAACUACUGGAGAAUCAAUCCAAA